GUCCUAUCACUCAUGGCCCGGUUUGGUCGUUUAGUAUGUCGUCGCCUGGCUUCAGCUCGACCAAGCACAAUAUGUCUUCCUCGGCAGUUUUCAUCUCAAGUUGGAUUGCGACAACACGAUGACCGAUCGACCUCACGGGGCCCAAAAGCAUCGCACAAGGAGGUCGAUUCAGAAGACAUCGAUUUUGAUGAACUCGACGCGGAAUAUGUGCCUCCCAUUAAAUCAGUAUAUCCUAAGACCUCUCGCGAGGCGAGCAUACACUCGCUCAAUGUAGACCGUCUCAAGUUUAUGCUGCCUUCGAAUGAUGCAGAUGAAAAGGGAAUUCUUCACCACUUGUACGAUGCCGAUUUUGAAACCAAGCUUCGAUUCUACAAUAUCACGAAUGUGGACCGGGUCAGAGAGAUGCAAACGAGUUCUGCCACCGGAGAACCAUACGGAGAACUCACGGUAUUAUUGACCGGUGGCAUGUCAGCAAUUUCCUUAGCCGUCGCAAAUGAACUUCUUUCUGGUGGAGUUCGUCACCUCAUCCUCGGCACGAGUUCCGCCAAAGAAGGCAUCGCCGCCAUCCAGUCUCUACUAGGGCGGUGGAAACGGAAAACCCUUCCCAUCUCUUACUACUGUUACAACGACAAGACCGGGGAACACCUUUUCUUGGACGACCUGGACCACAACGUUCUAAUCAAUUGUUCCGAUGUCAGCGGGACGCUGCCCUUCCUGUUGGAAACUUUGCAAUCUGUAAAGGAGCAAUGGCAGACCAACUAUCACCUGCCGCUCCACCUAAUCAGAGCCAUGAUGCGAGCCUAUCAGAAAAAGGCGAGAUUGCUCAACGCCGAAAAGUCGAGGACCGGAUCUUCAUUACAACCGAAAACGCGCCCUACCAAGUCAUGGUGUGUGGUCAAUGUUUCAUCUAUAUUGGCCAGCCACGGCGGCGCAGGCUCCGCUCAGUAUGCCGCCUCUAAAGCCGCCCUGAAUGCUUUCACGCGUGUCAUGACUGUCGAGUGUAGAAAUCUCUGGGCCCGGUAUGAUAAGGUGCUUCCUCCCAUCAGGAUGAAUGCCGUCUUGCCCGGUUACAUGAAUACCAGAGAACUGGCGACUCAAUACUCACGAACUAAACGGGACAAAAUGAAGGACCGAGUUCCCCUCCAAAGACUCGGAGAGUGUCAUGAAGUGGCCCACGCCGUGGGCUUCCUUCUCCAAAACGAGUACGCAAACAAUUGUGUCCUCAACCUGGACGGAGGUCUCAGCGCGAUUUGACCCCGGUCGCGUCGUCGCUAAUGCUGUCGCCUUCAGCUCACCAUUUGUGACUUAUUCCCACAUCCCACCUGAGCGUCACGCCAGAACCAUCUCGUCGAUCCUGGUCCUAUGGCUCCAUCAAUCCUCCACUUAAGAGAUUGUGUUUCGUCCGUAUAGAGCACGAUCUGGCAUCAUGUAUACUAUCCAAGCAAUGACUAUAAUUGUCACGACACCAUACUUACUUUUGGUUCAAGUCUGGCAUUGACAUGUGUAUAAUUUGACAAAACUCUACCCCC